CGAGGUGGAGAGGACCUCGAGUCCGUGACCGCUGAGCGCGAGGAGCUUGCCGAAAACCUGCGGGCCACGGAGGACGCGAAGGCCGAGGUGGAGAGGAACCUUGAGUCCGUGACCGCUGAGCGCGAGGAGCUUGCCGAAAACCUGCGGGCCACGGAGGACGCGAAGGCCGAGGUGGAGAGGAACCUUGAGUCCGUGACCGCCGAACGCGAGGAGCUUGCCGAGAACCUGCGGGCCACGGAGGACGCGAAGGCCGAGGUGGAGAGGAACCUUGAGUCCGUGACCGCUGAGCGCGAGGAGCUUGCCGAAAACCUGCGGGCCACGGAGGACGCGAAGGCCGAGGUGGAGAGGAACCUUGAGUCCGUGACCGCUGAACGCGAGGAGCUUGCCGAAAACCUGCGGGCCACGGAGGACGCGAAGGCCGAGGUGGAGAGGAACCUUGAGUCCGUGACCGCUGAGCGCGAGGAGCUUGCCGAGAACCUGCGGGCCACGGAGGACGCGAAGGCCGAGGUGGAGAGGAACCUUGAGUCCGUGACCGCUGAACGCGAGGAGCUUGCCGAAAACCUGCGGGCCACGGAGGACGCGAAGGCCGAGGUGGAGAGGAACCUUGAGUCCGUGACCGCUGAGCGCGAGGAGCUUGCCGAGAACCUGCGGGCCACGGAGGACGCGAAGGCCGAGGUGGAGAGGAACCUUGAGUCCGUGACCGCUGAACGCGAGGAGCUUGCCGAAAACCUGCGGGCCACGGAGGACGCGAAGGCCGAGGUGGAGAGGAACCUCGAGUCCGUGACCGCUGAACGCGAGGAGCUUGCCGAAAACCUGCGGGCCACGGAGGACGCGAAGGCCGAGGUGGAGAGGAACCUUGAGUCCGUGACCGCUGAGCGCGAGGAGCUUGCCGAGAACCUGCGGGCCACGGAGGACGCGAAGGCCGAGGUGGAGAGGAACCUUGAGUCCGUGACCGCUGAGCGCGAGGAGCUUGCCGAGAACCUGCGGGCCACGGAGGACGCGAAGGCCGAGGUGGAGAGGAACCUUGAUUCCGUGACCGCUGAACGCGAGGAGCUUGCCGAAAACCUGCGGGCCACGGAGGACGCGAAGGCCGAGGUGGAGAGGAACCUCGAGUCCGUGACCGCUGAGCGUAACGAAGCCGUGUUGGGUAUAAGUAAGUUGGAGAGAAGUCGUCGUAAGUUGAGGGAUGCGUAUGUUAAUCUUCAACGGAAGAGUGCGGAAAAUGAUGUACGUCUACGUGUUAGACAUGAUCGUCUUUCUUUUACGGAUGGUUCUGCGGGGAAUGCUGGAAAUGAGUUUUCUGUGACGAAGAAAUUAUUAGGUGCUCGUGGUUUAUUUGGAAAGGAGAAUAAUGCUCAAUAG